ACACGCCCAUCAUGUGUUUCUUUCACACAGGAGUAGAGUGAGCAGCUCAGAUGUGCAGCUCAAUGGAAAAUGUAUCUCAUUAACGUCCUCGCUCUCCUGUAUUUCAUUGCUCGUGCUGCAGCUCAGGAUCAAAAUGUCACCACCGCCCCUCCUUCAACCACUGUUUAUGAGCCUCCUGCAGCGUCUCUGCAGCUUCUGUCCUCCUGGACAAAUGUGUUCCCCACAGAGAGAGUGCAGCUCAUCUGCAACAUCAGCGGCGUCUCUGAUUGGACCAUCACCUGGCACAAAAACGGCCACGUUCAAGGUCCAGACAUGAACACGUUUUUCUCUGCGGACGGAUCAGUUCUGACAAUCACCUCGGCCGCACUGACACACGCGGGAAGUUACGUGUGCAAAGGUCUACACAAAACAAAAGGGGUCGCCACUGAAAACAGUAACUCACUGGACAUCAACGUUCAUGAAAAGAAGCCAAAGCCAAGCGUGAGUCGACGACCGGACUUUGACAGGAUGUUCGUCAGGGAGUCAGUCACCUUCACCUGUGCUGUCAACAUGGGCUCCAGUUGGGAGUAUAAGUGGUUCUAUAACGGAGCUGAAGUCCAGGCGGCGAACACCGACACUUACAUUAUAGCUUCUUUAGGUCUGUCUAACAGCGGACGCUACACCUGCAGAGCAAAGAGAGGCUCAUUUGAGACAGACGAGAGUGAGACAGCGUCUCUGCAGGUCUCUGACCCACCGACACCGUCCCUGAAGCUGCUGUCUCCAUGGCUGAACGUGUUCAAAGGUGAGAGGGUGGAGCUGCUCUGUGAAGUCCAUGGCCCUGAUUGGUCGUACACCUGGUACAAACAACAACAGAAGUUGCAGCUGGACGUAAGCGAACCAUCUCUCAACAUCACUGAGGUCACGAAUGCUGACGCUGGAGUGUACACCUGCAAAGUUCACCUGGAGUCCAGGAACGUGAUCUCCAGCUUCAGCAAUGGACAGACUGUCGUUGUUUAUGAAAACACACCAAAGUCAACUGUGAGCAGAGUCCCAGGCUUUAACCCCAUGUACGUUGGAGAACAUGUGAAAUUGACGUGUGGUGUGGACAUUGUCUCCACUGGCUGGAACUAUCAGUGGUACAAAGACGGAGGGAUGCUAAUGUCUGCCACCAACAAAACCCUCAGUCUCCACCUCCGUCUCACUGACGGAGACAAUUACUCGUGCAAGGCUGUGAGAGGCGGAACUACAUGGACGGACCCCAGCGCCAAAACGACUUUAGAAGUUCGCAGAAUACCCGUCCCAUUGAUGAUGAACGCGACUCAGUGGUUGGACGUGUUUCGCACGGAGAGCGUGAAGCUGAGCUGUGGGAUGAUGGACGGCAGCUCUGGCUGGACGUACACGUGGUACAAAGACGGACAGAAGGUCCAGGCCGACGGCGUCGCGUCUCUGGACUCAGACGGGUCCACGUUGUCCAUCAAGUCUGCGUCAGUUCGUCGCACAGGACAGUACAAGUGUAAGGGACACCUGCUGAACAGGUCUGUCCACAGCAACGUCAGCACUGGACAAACUCUCAGAGUGUAUGAUGAGAUACCCACUGGCACACUGACACAGGAUCCGGACUACGCUGUGAUGUUCUUGGGAGAGUCCGUCUCCUUCAGCUGCCACAUCGGCGUCUCCUCUGGAUGGGAGUACAUCUAUUACAAAGACGGCAAUCGGCAGGCCAACACGGGAGUCGCAUUCACAGUCGAGUCCGUGCAGAAGGUGAACGGAGGAUCUUAUAAAUGCAGAGCGAAGAGAGGCAGAAACCCUGAAUUCUACAGCCGCUUCGGUCGCGACAUAAAGCUUAUCGUUGAAGAGAAAAAGCCCAAACCUCUGAUGACUCAGGAGCCAAACGCUGACAGGGUCUACGUCGGAGAGUCGGUGUCCUUUGCAUGUAAAGUUGGGAUCUCGUCAGGGUGGGAGUUUCUCUGGUACAAAGAUGGAGCUGCGCUUCCUUACAACAGCAGCAGCAGCAGCAGCUUUACAGUUCACCACGCCACCUCAUCGCAUGGCGGGGUUUACCAAUGCCAGGCCAAGAGAGACAAGUCUGCAUUCCACACAGAGCAAAGUGACAUGCAACGCUUACAAGUGUCUGGUGAGUGAGAGGACAUUUGUGUCUC